AUGUGCCCGGAACGAGACAUUGAAAAGAUCGCCAAAGGCUGGACAAUUGCCAUGCUCUAUUCCAAGGAGCGCUUAAAACGAAUCUAUGACUGGGGCAAUGACCAGUUGGAAGAAGCUGCCAAGGGUGGCAUACUGGUUCUGGAGACUGUGUGCUUAUUUGUGCAUGCUUGCGUCAAGCAUGGUCAAUACCAACUGCCAUUCGAGUUUUGGAAAGUCCUGCAUGCCGAGUACGGCAUUGUCGUGUACCCCUCGGCUUUGACGGAGGAUAUCGACGUGCAGGGCUUAGGCGUCGAUGUGACAUUUAUGGAUGCUUAUGGCGGGCAUAUCGUCAUGUACGGCCGAUGUUGCGGCUCGGACCCGCCCCCGUGUCCGAUGGAGUUUCUCAGAGAACCGCCGCCAGUGUACUCCAAGUAA